AUGGCGACACUCGCCAUCGAAGGGGGUCUCAAGGAAGGACAUGAGAUCAUUAUCAAAGGAACUGUUGUUCCGUUUGCUGUGAACUUUCAGAUCGGCUUCAGUGACGAUGACAUUGCCUUCCACUUCAACCCUCGGUUUGAAGAGAACGGGUAUGUGGUCUGUAACACCAAGCAGAAAGGACGCUGGGAGAAGGAAGAGAUUAAGAAGGUAAAUCCCUUCCAGAUGGGGAAGCCCUUUGAGAUCCGCUUCCUGGUGGAGAGCACCAAUUUCCAGGUGAUGGUGAAUGGAGAUCGCUUUGUGCAGUACGAACACCGCGUGUCCUUACACCGCGUGGACAACAUCUCUGUCACCGGCCCCGUGAGGCUGACACACAUCAGCUUCCAGGACACCGGUACACUCUCUGACCAGAAGAUGAUCUCUGAGGUGCAACCCUACCCCAGUCCCUGUGGCUCACCUGAGUCUGAAGAGCAGAAACCAAAACCUCCAAGUUAUUGGCAGGCCAUCACGGCUCCCAUUGACACCCGUGCAGUCUCUGUCCAGAAGAUGAUCUCUGAGGUGCAAUCCUACCCCAGUCCCUGUGGCUCACCUGAGUCUGAAGAGCGGAAACCAAAACCUCCAAGUUAUUGGCAGGCCAUCGAGGCUCCCAUUACUCAAACUGUGGUCCACACAGUGCAGAGCACACCUGGACAGAUGUUCCCUGUAAGUCUGCAAGUUCCGUCUGCGCACAACCCCGCUCCCUCCUGGCCAAUACCGUUCUUCACCAGCAUCCCUGGGGGGCUGUACCCCUCCAAGGGCAUCACCAUUUCAGGCACCGUCCUGCCCUAUGCUCAGAGGUUCCACAUCAACCUGCGCUCUGGGAAUGACAUCGCCUUCCACAUGAACCCCCGUUUCAAUGAGAACGCCGUGGUCCGCAAUACGCAGACAAACAACUGUUGGGGGCCUGAGGAGCGUGGCCUGACCCGGAAUAUGCCCUUUGUCCGAGGCCAGGCCUUCUUGGUGUGGAUCAAGUGUGAAGGUCACUGCCUCAAGGUGGCUGUGGACGGUCAGCACCUGUUUGACUACUACCACCGCCUGACGAACCUGCCCGCCAUCAACAACCUGGAGGUGGGAGGCGAUGUCCAGCUGACCCUGGUGCAGACAUAGGCGGGGUUCCGGCCCUGGGACCUCGGGCUGGAGCACGCUGCUGUCUGUAUCUGCUCUUCCCUCCACCUUCCCUGUCCCUGCCGCUGCCCCCACCCUCCCAGCCCUUCCUGGAUCUGGGGCUUUUCUGGAGAGACCAGGCCCUUGUCUGCCCUGCUUCUGGCUGCAGCCAUCCGGGAGUGGAGAAGGCAGCUGGCUUGGAUGCUUUCCUCUGACUGGGGCUCCAGCUGUCCAAAUCCUACCUUCUGAUGAUGGGGGAGGGGUCAGUGCAGGCUGAAGCCCAUGUUCAGUGCCCUCAGCAGAAAGGGAGCGUCCUGGGCCUUCCCAAGCUCCCAGGCCAGGCCUGCCCCUCAUCUACCUCUUGGCCCCAUCCCCACCCUCCAUUCCAGUCCCCCUCAGGCUCCAGCCAUCAGCAGGCCACUCCCCUGGGAGGUGGUCUCCUCAGCCCCUUCUCUUUCUCCAACCUUUAACCUUUCCUUGCACCCUGUUCCACCCCUUCCCCUGAUUGACACCUGCUGGUCUCCACCACCUGACAACACCUUUUCCAGCUGGACGCCCCCCUUUCCCAGUGCCCUUCAAAUAAAGAGAAAAAGAAAA